AUGCCUUCAAAGAGUGAUAAGAAAAGUAUAACAAAAUUCGAUGAUAAUAAUUAUCCUGAUGAUGACAAUGAUGAAAAUGAUUAUAAUAAUAAUGAUAGUGAUGCUAGUUCAGAUAUUGUAUGCGAUGAUGAUGAAAAUGAUUAUCAAUAUUUAAAAAGUGAUCAAUUAAUUAAAAGUGAUGCUAUUAAAAAGAGAAAAUUUACAAUUGAUAAUAUUUUAGGUUUAAGUGAUAAAGAAACGUCUGAUAUUAAUAGUAAAAAAAUUACAAAUACAACCAAUGUUUUAGAACUUUUAAGUACAAAGGCAGCAAAUAUUAUAAACGAAUUAUCUCCAAAUGAAGAUGAUUUACAUUUAAGAUUUCGUACUGAAUUUUGUUCAACAUAUCCAAUAAGCGGUUUACAAUUUCCUAAUGGUCAUCAUCAUCCUUCCAGUUUUGUAUAUGCCAAUUGGGUACAACCAAAGUCAACAAAUCCAGCUUAUAUGUUUGGUAUACAAGUGCCCAAACCGCCAGGAAAACGAUUUCGUAAACCAGGUGUUGAUAGAAAACCACGCCAAGCUUAUAGUGCAAAACAAUUAGAACGUUUAGAAAGUGAAUUUAAACAGGAUAAAUAUUUAAGUGUUAGUAAAAGAAUGGAAUUAUCAAAAAAUUUGAAUUUAACUGAAGUUCAAAUAAAAACAUGGUUUCAAAAUAGACGGACAAAAUGGAAAAAACAAUUAACAUCAAGAUUAAAAAUUGCUCAACGUCAAGGUCUUUAUACGAGUUCAUAUUUAACAGGAUCUGCAUUAAAUCCAUAUUCAUUAUUUACACCAGCAUAUUAUGCGACUACACCAUUAUGUUUUACAAAUGCAGUUAAUAAUCUUAGUGUUGAAAACAAAAAUUGUACAUCACCUUCUUCACCAUCUAGCGUUUCGACUUCGUAA